UGUUGGGACUCGGUGACGGUGUUGUGGAGGAGGUGCUCCACACCCCUCUCCGGGCGCCGAGUGGUACGGUCCUUCCCCAGGAACAAGUCCCUCCAACCCGCCCUCUCUGUACGGCCGAUAAUCCAUCUCUAGCCAUAACAAAGUAUACAGGUUCCACGCUGCUCGUUUGUUUCUGUGGGGCUUUCCGUUGUCCGCCCCGUUCCAAAGAGGCGUGUAAAAGGCAAAGCUGGACCCGUACAGGAUGACCAUGUACAAGGGGAAGCGUCGCAACCAUCGAUACAUAAACAUGGCAGGCGAGCCGAAGCCAUACAGGCCCAAAGCAGGGUCCAAACGACCGCUCUCAGCCGUGUAUAGUGGUUAUGAGUUUGAUUAUGAUUACUACAGAGAUGACUUCUACAGCAGGCUUUUUGACUACCAUGGACGGGUAGCCCCUCCACCCAGGGCGGUGAUCCCGGUCAAACGCUCCAGAGUGCUGGCUCCUUCCUCGCGCCGCGGGAAGACCUCCUUCCCCAUCAAAGCCUCCUCUUCCUCCUCCUCAUCGUCCUCCAGAACUCCCACCUCCUCGUCCUCCUCUGGGAUUAAAUCAGUGAAGACGGACCAGCUUCAGACCAUCAAACGGGAGCUGACUCAGAUCAAGAUGAAGAUCGAUUCUCUGCUGGGACGCCUGGAGAAGAUCGAGAAACAACAGAGAGGCGAGUCUGAGGCUCAGAGGAAGUACGAAGACAACUGUGACUCACUGCACGAGGAGUCGGUCUCAGAGACAGCCGAGAACUCUGGGGAGGAGGGUGGAGAGGGCGCGCUGGAUGUGGAGGCGGGAGAGAUGACCGACGGAGGCGAGGACGACUACGAUGAGGAGGGCAGCCACCAUCUGAUAGAGAACCACGUAUCAGACAUCGACAACUGAGCUCAGAUCAGGCCGAGGGAAGACGCACCUUUCUGUGGUGUGAGAAUUCAUCAUUACUUUCAAGAAACAAGAGAGGAUCUCUGAGGGAUCAAGAUACCCAUGUUGGAGUGCAAGUCGUGUUUGAGAGAUGUUAAAAUCACGUUUAGAUUCCCAGUCGUAUGAUGCAAACAGAAUGUGAUGUGCUCUCUAAAGGAGAUGUCUUUUUUUAGCCCCAUUUCAUUACAUUGGCCCGAGUUUAACUCGUGUAUAUUCUGUGCAUCUGACAUUUUAAUGCGAGAGAGGGAGAGAUACAUGUUUUAAUAUUCUGAUUUAGGACAUCUUAUUGAAUUGUAUCAAUGCAAGGAAGUACUGCCGUUGACAGUUGCUGACAACUUAUUUUAAGUGUUCACAUUACAACACUUUUCAGGAAGGCUUUCCAUUGAAUUUCUGUUAUGUCUCAUAAGUAAGUUAAAUGCUGUAAUCUUCUACAAUGGUAUGAUUUUCAGAAAAUGAAAGGAACAUCAUUUCUGUCUGCUUUGGACUUUACAUUCAUAGAUAAGCCGAUAACUGUGAGCAUAACUUUAUCCAGCUUAUCUACUUGUCACAUGAGUGCCCCGUGGGGUUGUUCCAUCAUAUAAUCCAACUUGUGCCAACAUUCGGAAGCAGAAUGGGCUCCUCCCUAUGGUAGCCGGCCAACUCUGGCAACGACCUUCUGCCAGGGAGCAAUGCCUUAUGUCUCAAUGCACUCCUCCCUGCUUAUAGUCUGUGCUUGCCAACAUGGAGGGCUGCUGUCGGGACCCGGCGCCUCUCUCUCCCCACCUCCUUUGCAUUCAUCCUACCCUCCGGGGGCAAUUUUGCAGAAAAGGGUGAAGUAUUGCGUUGCACCAUCGUAAUAUAGAGUCCUCAGAGAAUCUGUUAUAAGACUUUGCCGAGCACACGAGUGGAUCUCGCCAUCCAACUUCACGACAUCUUAAAUCACCUUGACAGAGCAGCUCCGGUUAACUCAAUCACGAAUGUGUUGCUUGCAAAAUGAACUGUCUGUCUCAUUUGAAAGUCAUUAGAGCGAUAAGAAGCCAGUUUUUGCCCUGUUAAUUACUCGACCAUGCAAGUCAUAUUUGCCCUCUUCUUUCUCUUCCACCGAUGGAGAAUAUUUCGUUAAAGCCAAUGUCGUAGACUAUUUACAUAGAGACAUGCAGGGUGGAGGACAUUGUGCACAAGUUUUCCUACAGUAGACUUAAAACGCAUCUGAAUCCACCACGGCAGCACUGCCUCAACAAAAUAGCUGAGUUUCACACAGCUUAUUCAAAUUAAGUGUCUGGUCAACGAUGAUAAUGGGUAAUAUUUAGCACUAUUUUUGUAUUUAUGAUAAAAAAAGACAUAUUUGGGAAGAUGCCUCUGCUACAUGUUUAUCUUUUUUGCUGGUAGCCUGUUAUUUAAUGAUAAAUAUGGUGAUGUGUCAACUGUUUGCAAAAAGAAAAUUUCACAGCUUUCAAUUGUGGUAAUUUAAUCAGGUCAACUCAGAACAUUUCCAUCUCGGCCCUGUCUCACUCACUCUUUAUUUGUCCUGUAAAUAGCCCUUGAUAUACUUAUUUCAAAUGCAUAGUAGAAUAAAAAAAGUGAUGUUAUGACUAAAUUAAAAAUUAUGUUCAAGUUAUAGAAUGAGUCAGUGUGAUGGAGCCGUUGCAGGUGACCCCCCCAUAUAUUUCAGCUAGAACUUUUUUCGGGUUGGGAUUUAACACGGGGCCUUGUAGAGAUGUGUAACUGACAACUGUUGUAUAGAAAUGUACAAUUUUUUGUAAAGAUAUUUUUUAUCAAAGGCAUGUCAAUUGUAUCUUUGUAUUUUCAUUUUAUUGUACAGUAGAGUAUAUCCCAGCUGUUGUAAGGCUAUUGAGUCCAUUGCAUAAAAGUACAUGUCAUUCAAGAUAUGUUUUGUGUUCGAUCAAUCAAUAAAAUGUUAUUGUUUGUGUCUUAUAUUUAAUCAGUCACGAGUUUCAAGGAUAAAC